AUGAAGCUUGCUCUACCUCUCAGCUGUCUGGCGGCUCCGGCCCUAGCGAGCUUUGGUGCCAAUUUGAACUAUCGCUCCCCAUCCCUUCAUCACCCUGGACUAGGCAUAUCUGUGCGCAAAGUCGUGAAGAGAAAUGACCCAGCCUCUGCCUUCGACCCCAGCCAGCUCAACUUCACUCAUGGAGUUGCGUCCGGAGAUCCCUACCCAAACAGUGUGAUCUUGUGGACCCGCUGCUCGCCGACCUUCGACGACGUGGACGACAACAGCACGGUUUCUGGCCUUGUCCCCAACUUUAACCCCGUGCCCAUCUACAAUGACACAGAUGAGAACCGACCACCCUCCAAUGCUCCUGUCUGUGUCAGCUGGGCGGUCGCGAACGACGUCAACUUCACGCAAGUCGUCAGCCAGGGUACAGCUUACACCAGUUCAGAUGUCGACUAUACAGUCAAGGUCGAAGCUACUGGUCUCCAGCCGUUCACUCGCUACUACUACCAGUUCAGCAUCUGUGGUUCUGACAAGAAGAGCAUCAUCGGCAGGACGAAAACCACUCCAAAUCCCACGGAUGACACAACAAAUGUCGGAAUCGCAGUAUACUCAUGCAGCAACUACCCAUUCGGCUUCUUCAACGCCUAUGGCAACCCCGUUCGCAAGGACUCCGUUGACUAUGUCAUCCAUCUCGGGGACUAUAUUUACGAAUACGCUGAAGGUGAAUACGGGUAUGGCUACUCAAUUGACCGAAUCCCGUUGCCUGAUCGUCAAAUUUAUACACUCUAUGAUUACCGCAAAAGGCAUGCCACCUAUCGGACCGAUCAGGAUCUUGUUCUGUCGCAUUCUCAGUUCCCCUGGAUCGCAGUAUGGGAUGAUCACGAGACGGCAGACAACUCGUACAGAGACGGCUCUUCGGAACUCAACAACACCGAAGCAUCCUUCAUCGAGGAUGGCGGUGUGUCUGUUGACCAGCGCAAGAUGAACGCCGUUCGGGCAUAUUUCGAAUGGAUGCCUAUCCGGCAGGUCGAAAUGGACGACUCCCUUCGGAUUUGGAGGUCGUUCGCUAUCGGCAACCUGAUUGAUCUCGUCAUGCUUGACACACGCAACUACGAUCGCUCGAUCACCGAUCUCUAUUGGAACACAGACUACAUCCACGCUAUUAGUAAUGAUGCUGGCCGUAGCAUGAUGGGCCCCAGACAGGAGUACUGGUUUUACAAGUCUCUGGUCGAGUCUGCCAACCGUGGCGCAACGUGGCGUUUGAUCGGCUCGCAGACGGUCUUCAGCCGCGUCAACGAGUCAGAGGCGUAUGGUAAUGUCAACCCUCUGGACUACGAUGCUUGGGAUGGCUACCAAGCCAACCGCAAUCGUACUUUCCAGACGCUAUAUGAGCACAACAUUGGAAACAACAUUGUCAUCGCAGGUGACUCCCACGCAAACUGGGUCUCCGACCUCGUCUGGCUCGACUCCGACACUCACGCCCCCUACAACCCAUCAACAGGCGCCGGCUCCAUCGGCGUCGAAUUCGCCGGCACCGCUGUCUCCUCUCCAUCCCCGCGCGGCCAGAACGUCUCCCUCGCUGCCGCGAACAACCACUCCUCCCUCCUCGUCGCCGCCAAUCGUGAGCUCCAGUGGUCAGAAGUCUACUACCGAGGCUACUUCGAGCUGCAUUUCAGCAAGGAGAAGGUCGACGCGAAGUACUUCGGAAUGCCGACGAUCGUGGAUCGUAAUGACGGGGAGAUAUCGCUGGCUAACUUCAGUGUGUACAAUGGAGCGAAUUGUUUGGGGAGAUGGGCGAAUGGCAGCACGGCCAUUGGUGCAGUGGUCGAGAAUGGAUAUGUGAGGAAUGGUCAGGUUGUGCAAACGAAUCUGACGAAUUCGACGACCGAGGGGAAGUGGUACAUUGCCAUGAAUGGGACGGAGGACAUCUGA